UGCUGACUGCUGGAAAUUAUUAGGGAAGAUCCCCUGAGCUGUAUUGAGAAGAAAUUUCUGUGCAGAUUUGUUCUUUUUUUGUGAAUUGGUCCAGGAAUUUCACCGCCACAGAUCCUCGUCAUGGCUGCUCUGCUGAUCUGAACAAGAAAAGCAAAUCACAGGAAACUGACAGUUUUUUUUUUCUUAAAUAUUAAUCUGCUGGUGAAGGGUCCCCUCUUUUUUCUUUCUACUUAAAAAUUCUUGCUACUUUCCAAAUCAGGAUUAAUCAGGAUUCGCUUUGAAGACUUCUUAAAAAGCCUUCGUCACAUUUGAACGCAUCCCUGUCAGACACUUCUGGGCUUCAUCCACAUGAGCUGAGCAAACCUUUGCAUGGAAUAAUGGGUUUCGGAAAGUUCAAGAGAUCAUUUGAAGGAGCUGCAUCUACCUUUAGCACAGAUGCGGGAUGGGGAGGGGGUAGGUGAAAAGGCAAAGAUUGGAAGGAAAUAUCUGCGAAGGUAGAAAAAAGGAAAUUUGAGAACUGAUUGGCUGUAGUUGCUGUCAGCGGGUGGAUGCCGUUUUCUUCUCUCUCUUUUUGCUACAGGAAGUGAUUUGCGGAGCUCACCGAGCCUUUGUUGAGAAGGGUCUCCUCAGAGUGAGUCACGCUUUUGCUGGGAGCAGCCCGGUGCAGCUGGGCGCUCGCUCCAUCAGCGGCAACUAUGACUUUUGCAAGGCAAGCGUUCCACCCCAACCCGCGGUCUCCAGGGCCCGCGCUGCGUGGCUGCUGCUUUGCUGCCUUGUAACGGUGACAAGGGGCUCGGUCGGUCGUCGGCCUCGGCUGUCCCUCUCCAGAAAGCUGUCCUGGGACCCGGGCUCCUUGUCCCGCUCGGGGGACCGUGGCUCGUGUGCUAUGCGCGGCAGUCCGCGCCGGGGCCGGCAGCAGCAGCGCCCGGGUGGAUGCGGCGAGCCCACGGAGGGGCAUGCUUCCACGCACCAAGUACAACCGCUUCAGGAAUGACUCGGUGACAUCGGUCGAUGACCUUCUCCACAGCCUGUCGGUGAGCGGCAGCGGCGGCAAGGUCUCGGCGGAGCCCGCGGCGAGCCCCUACCUGGUGUCGGGCGAGGCGCUGCGCAAGGCGCCGGACGAUGGGCCCGGCAGCCUGGGCCACCUGCUCCACAAGGUGUCCCACUUGAAACUCUCCAGCUCCGGCCUGCGUGGCCUAUCGUCCGCCGCCCGGGAGCGGGCAGGAGCGCGGCUGUCCGGCAGUUGCAGCGCGCCCAGCCUGGCGGCCCCGGACGGUGGCAGCGCGACCCCAGGGUCCCGCGCCCCGGCCGCCAGCAUGAGUGCCACAAGGAAGAGCCGGGCCGGCGACGAGCCGCUGCCCAGGCCCCCACGGGGCGCGCCGCACACUAGCGACCAGGUGCUGGGGCCCGGAGUCACCUAUGUGGUCAAGUACUUGGGAUGCAUCGAAGUUCUGCGCUCAAUGAGGUCUCUUGACUUCAGUACAAGAACUCAGGUUACCAGGGAAGCCAUCAGCCGUGUCUGCGAAGCUGUGCCAGGUGCCAAAGGAGCCUUCAAGAAGAGAAAGCCUCCAAGUAAGGUGCUGUCCAGCAUCUUGGGGAAGAGCAACCUCCAGUUCGCAGGGAUGAGCAUCUCCCUGACCAUCUCCACUGCCAGCCUGAAUCUGCGCACUCCUGACUCCAAACAGAUUAUAGCGAACCAUCAUAUGCGGUCCAUCUCCUUCGCCUCAGGGGGAGACCCGGACACAACAGACUAUGUUGCCUACGUCGCUAAAGACCCUGUCAAUCGCAGAGCUUGCCACAUUCUGGAAUGCUGUGAUGGGCUAGCCCAAGAUGUCAUUGGCUCCAUCGGACAAGCCUUUGAACUCCGGUUCAAACAGUAUUUGCAGUGUCCUUCCAAGAUUCCUGCUCUCCAGGACCGAAUGCAGAGUCUGGAUGAGCCGUGGACUGAAGAAGAAGGAGAUGGCCCUGAUCACCCAUACUACAACAGUGUUCCCAGCAAGAUACCUCCUCCGGGGGGCUUUCUCGAUGCUCGAUUGAAAGCCAGACCCCACGCUCCUGAUGCAGCCCAGUUUGCAGGAAAAGAGCAGACUUAUUACCAGGGAAGACACUUACAAGAUGCAUUUGGUGAAGACUGGCAGCGAGCACCCACCAGACAAGGCUCCUUGGACAUCUAUAGCACAUCAGAAGGGAAAGCUCACAUGGUUCCUGUAGGAGAAACACCAACCUAUGUCAACACCCAGCCAGUCACACCACAGGUUUGGCCAGCAGCAACCAGCAGCACCGAGAGUAGCCCACGGAAGGACCUCUUUGACAUGAAGCCUUUUGAAGAUGCCCUCAGAAACCAGCCCCUGGGCCCUGUGUUGAGCAAAGCCGCGUCUGUGGAGUGCAUCAGCCCUGUUGCACCCAGAGCCCCAGAUGCCAAGAUGCUGGAGGAGCUUAAUGCUGAGCCCUGGUACCAAGGAGAGAUGAGUAGGAAGGAGGCAGAGGCCCUGCUACAGGAAGAUGGAGACUUCCUGGUCAGGAAGAGUACCACCAACCCAGGCUCCUUUGUCCUCACGGGCAUGCACAACGGCCAGGCCAAGCACCUGCUGCUGGUGGACCCGGAAGGCACGAUCCGGACGAAGGACAGGGUCUUUGACAGCAUCAGCCACCUCAUCCAUUACCACCUCGAGAGCAGCCUGCCCAUUGUCUCUGCCGGGAGUGAGCUUUGUCUCCAGCGACCGGUGGAGAGGAAACCCUGAGCUUGCCCAGUGCCCCAGCCCCCAUACCUUAUGCCAGGAUGAAGAGCCAAGUGUCUGCUCGGCCUUAAUGAACAGCUCUCUGUGCCAGGGCAUCUCAGAUGGUGGACAGAGGGACCGAUGCCAAGUAGGACACAUGUAGCAACUGUGAGAUUCUCCUAGCAACAAAGGCAGUUGUACGUGAAGGCCGUGAGAUACCAUGGAUGGAGGGGGAAGCUUAGGUUGGAAGGACGAGGGAGAAUGAGUUCCCCAAAGCCCAUGGGAUUCAGGUCACAGUUGUCACGUGUUCAGGCUCCACAUCCAUCCUGGUGUCCUGAAGAUGCCUCUCUUCCAAAGGGAAGAUCUCCCCCAUGGUAACAUUAGACAUCUGGGAGGCUUCCUUAUGGGAGUGGCUACAGAGUGGACACCUCCAUUCCAUGUUAGAUCCAGUACUACAUUCUCUUCUUGUUGAAGUGGGUUGAGUUGAAACCCAACUUCCCCAAGACAGUGAUGCAGCAGAGGCCACCCCCGUGGAGUUCAUCCCUGGUACAACCAGAACAACGUGGGCUCUCUCUGAACAAUAGAUUCUCUGAAGCCAUGGCUUUUGCCACACCCCACGGCUUCCCUCAAAGAGUGAUGUGGAUAGAUAAAUAUGCGAAGUGACUUCCUGGGACUCUUCACUGACAAAACAUAUCUCUUCUCCUCCAUGGGCCCAAAGUGGCAUGUCAUCUAUAAACACCUUCUGUGGAUGGUGACAGCCAGAUUUUAAGGAGGAGAAGGAUAAUAGAAAGGUUGCCAAAAAGACCACAUGCCCAGAAACAUCUGUGUGAUGCUAGUUCUUAUGGAAAUUUUGAAGUGUUUUGUUUUGUUUUGUUUUUUAAGGAAGACGAUGUAAAUAAUAAAUCCCACUCCUGGAACAUAUUAUGAACCUAGAAAUUUUGGCCUUGUCCCAGGUAAUGGGCAGGUGCUUCCAAGAUGUUUCAGCUGAAGGGGCCCUUAUAUUUCAGCUGAAGAAAUAGGGUGGCAGUGGUCAAUAGCUAGAUCUAGGAAAGAAUGUGGGACUCACUAAGGUCUUUUGAGGCUCAGACAUGUAGCUCACAUGGAGGCAACAGGCAAUCUAUUUUUCCUCAUACUUCAUAUUUCGAAGUACAGGAAGGACUGAGCCGUUUGCCUGAGAGAGACAGGGCUUGUGGUUGGUGACUUGGCUAGUAUUCUACCAGAAGGAGCUCCAGGGGAUGGGGUCCAUAUAGCCUACUUUGGAAAUGAUCCCAGAAGGCAAGGAGGAAGAAGCUGCUGAGGAAUGGCUGCCUUGUGGGGCACGGUUCCACCCAGGGUACAUUGGCGGGGCAUCUAUUUGCUGCUGAGCCCCAGGAGCAGAACUGAACAAACCUGGGAUAGCCAGUGGAUGGGGCUUGGAGGAGCUCCACCACAGUCGGCAUGGAUGGAAAGCUAUCUCCAAAGAUUUUUGCCCAGCCCUGUGCAUACCUGUGCACACUCUGUGAGCUGGGACAUCCUGGGGUGGAAGCUGGUAUUUAUAAACAUCAGUCUUAGAGCGGAAGGCAGGCAUCGAAGAACCAGGCUGCCCGGUCCACACAUGGAUUUCAGCGCUCUGGCCCUUGAGCUCCUGACUCAGUAGGCCUAGUGUGAGGGUAGAGUAGUUGCCUUUUCAGCGUGAGGGUCUCGGCUUUGACUUUGGCUGGUGAAUCUCCACCCCUUCCUUGACGCUUACUGGUGGACUCCCCCACCCCUGACCCCUACCCUUUAUGAAGAAGAUUUCACACCACUUCACAUCCUAUUUCCUAAGCCCGUGCUGUCAAUUAGAAAAUGGGGGCAUUAAUAAGUAACUUGUAACUCCCUGCAACUGUGGCUGGCAGAUAAAGUGCCAUCUGUCAGACAGGAUUUAUUUAUAAUGGGGUUUAUACAUAUUUAUAAGUUUGCAAGCAACAAAUGCAGUUUUAAAACGGGCACAUUUUAUAUCAGCUAGGAAAAAAAACCCUGCAACUUUCUACUAGGGUUUUCUGAGUGUGACCUGCAUGUGUGUAGUAUGCACAUACACGAGCUUUCCAUAGUUCAGAGGGAAUGUGCACCUCAGCAUGUCUAUGUCCAGAUGCAAAUCAGCUCUGUGCUGGCUCUCUCUGUGCUGGGCCUCUGGGGUUUUCUGACAUGGACAACUGUAUGUGAAAAUGACACCAAGAGCUUGGUGAUCGAUAGGCUCUCAUUUGCAGACCCUUGGAGCAGAGUUCUGGGUGUCAUGGGAUGUGAGACUAUGGAACAGAAAGGGAAGGAGGGGUCUCACUUCGGGUCAUGACAGAGGGAAAGCAAGUCAGAUGUGUGGUACGUUUCCGUAAUCCCAGAACUUGGGUGGUAAAGGCCAGCUCAGGGCCAACUUGGGCUACAUGAGGCCAUGUCUCAACAGAACGAAACAGAAGAGUGGGGAGCAGCCCGCAGAAGACAAGGAGUUGGAGGAAAGGAAAGGGGGCAGGCAGAUGAAACAUCCGCAGACCCACAUCCUUUCUUGAUCCAGCCUGACUUGCCACAACCUGACUUGGCUUGCCAGCCUUCCUGGCUACGUUUGUACAUUAGAUCCUAUGUAGCAGGCCCUGCAGGGACUUGUGGGACAGAGAAGGAAACAUAAGGUGGAUCUGUUUCUGUUUAUAAUCUAAUUGGAACCCCACCCCCAACACACAUGGGGACGUGUGAGAGCGUUGGACUGGUGUACCCACUCUCAGUAUGGACCAAGGAUCAGGCUCAGGACUGAGCUGGGGGCACUGAAGGGUUUUGCACAGUAGGGGGUGCUGUGGAGCCCUUGAGGAAGAGAAGUGCCAAAGUUCAAGCCGGCAUCCUUCAUGGAAUCUGCUGAUGUCAGCAGGAUGUUGGAGGGCAGGUGGAAAAAUCUUUCCUCUUCCUGCCCUCUCAGAUGCCCUGGGGUAAGUGAGUCCCUGAGACCCCCAAACACACUUAUGAUUCCUCUCUUAGGGUGAAAGCAAAACCCCAGGAAAUGAACAGCUUUAUGUACCCCCUGUACAUAGAGGACCAUGCGUAUGGUGUGAAUCUGAAACCUGAGCUCCCAAGGACAUAUGGGUUCACACUGGAGGAAAUUCCUUUGCCACAACCAAAGUCACUCACAGCCGGAGUCAAGCAGAGACGAGUAGACUAACCAGUCUGGGGGACAACGAGUUUCUUUUCUUCUUCUUUUUCUUUGUCUAACAACACUACGUGUGAGUUGCCAAUUGAAUGUUCUCUGUUCAACUGACUUUUGCAUCUAACAUGUUUCUGAGUAUUGUGAAAUUAUGUGAAUUUCUUUGUGUUCAGAAUGAAGCAUUUGAUGUUUAAAGCCCCAGGACUAGGGGACAGCUCAGUGUAAAUGUAAUGCGUAACAAGGUAUUGAACAAUUUUUCAAAAGCAUUCGGGUGGCCAGCCAUACAUAUUGAUAUAUGAAUAUUUGAAGCUUCUUUUUGUUUCUGUUAACUUUUGUGAAACACCAACAGUUACUGUAACAGCAGUCUGCCUGGGAGUGUGGCCCACGGCCCCUUUCCACUUUGAUACUGGCAUGGAAUUGGCUCCCUAAGUCACCUGUGAGGAGCAGAUAUACAGAGCCAACGUUACAUUUUCUAAUAUUUUUCUAUGAUAAAAACUUAGGUGGUUUGAUGACCAUUGGGACUUCCCAAGAUAUAACAGGUGAAGGUGAUCAGUCGGCUUAGACUCCCUCGCCUCCAUUUAGAGAAAUGGUGUUGCUUCUGGUCUCAUGCCCUCCACCACAGUCCUGGGACACCGCAGCCAGACUUCCGGGAUAACCAAGUGGAGGCAGCAUAUAACAUCCCAUCCCUGUGGCCCAGGGAUGGCAGGUGGCAGGCUAACCCUAGACAAUGCUGCUUUUCUCGUUAUCAUUAGGUACUGGAACAUGUGCCUUUAUCAUCAGGAUGGCCACCCAUGCACUCCCGAUUCCAGAGCAGCCUCUCUGACCCUCUGACUUAGAUGCUAAAACCACAUGGGUGACGAGGCUUUUUGCAUUUGUCCAUACAGUCUCCAAAGCAUGGAACUGGCGGUGUCAUUAGACAUUUUCUGUAAAAUGCACCUUGUUACCUUUCUGUGACCAGCUCUUUCCCAGCACACAGAAUAACCGUGGCUCAAAGAUUGAGAGGAGCAACCAUUUUUAAAUAGUUAAUUGUUUCAGUGACUAUAGGUGUAAGUCUGUUGGCAAUAAAGGCUUGGUGACAAGUGU